AUGUCCCAAUACGAACUGAGAAAUUACACGACUUCGCGUCGGGCUCAGUACCCCACAACCUACCUUGACAAGCAUCCCUCUAAAGAGGAAGAGAAUGACUAUAAUCAGUAUAAAGAUCGCGAGGAAGAAUCUAGGAAGUCCAUCAAAGAAUACGACGGAUUGUGUAAGAGUAUGGUCGGCAAGAGGAAGACAAUCCAUGACCUCGAUUCCUCACAACACUCGAUCCUGGUUUCACCUUCGGCCGAAGCCGCCAUGAAUUCUGCUUCUCACGCCCAGGCGCGAGACAACUACAUGAACAAGCACCCUUACGGGUAUGGCAAAUACUACCAGAGAGAAGCUCACGACAAAUACACGGACUUCGCCUUUGCACAGGCAAACGAGUACCGUGAACGUUUCGAGACCCAUACAGAAAAGGCAUCGGAUGCCUAUGAGGGCAGUGCCCCGCAGAGAGCCAUUACAGGGUCCAGUCUGUGCGGAAAUGGAUCCUACGGCGAUUGUGCUUCCAAGCACCAGAUCCGGAUCUCGGCUCCGAAACUCAUCAGCGUCAACCAUAAUGCAUCACCCUCACUACCUAGCAAGAUCGUCUCCAAACGACAGUGGCAUUAG